GCUUGUCCCGCUCGGGUCGUUUCGUUCAGUAUCAAUCUAGCCUUACUCCUCGCGUGACAUAAAUUCCUCCAGUUAGCUAGUAAUGUUGUGCGCAUGGUAGUAAUACAUACAUUUCUUUUCCCAGUCCAGCCAGAGGGAAAAGGCAGAAAACUUUGGUUACGCUUCAUCAAAAUUUUCCUCCUGGAGUUGUUUAUUUUUUCGUUUGACUGUGCGAUAACAAUCCUCGACGUGGAAGAAUAGCCUGCAUCGCUGUUUGUUUGUCGGAAAAUUAAGGUGCUAUUAUCGGGUGUUUUUGAAGAUCCAAAGGAGUGAUAAGCUUAUUCCAUUAAAAUUAAUAAAAAUGCAGCAGUGAAGUAACAUAAUUACAGCAGUGCAGGAAUAGUUACGUGAGCUAGUGUGUGUAUAGUAAGGUUGUGUCCGAGGUAAUGUUAGUGUGAUUUGAAUUUUCAUAUGCAAUUGAAGCAAGGAAGAGAUUUCGAAGCCGAUACCAAUUCGGAGUAUUGACAUCUGGAAAGCUUAGACUAUGUAUCACAUAAAACUGGUAUCAUGAAGUUUAACUUUUGCAUUGUGUACUAAAAAAUCAUAUAUGAACAACUGGCGAUACUCUAUAUAAAGCUUAUUAAAUUUUACGGCAAACCCAAGUCUCGCGUGACCGCGCAGCAGCCACAUGAUAUGGCCCGUAUCGCCGAGGAUAGCGACUUUCAGGCACUGAAACAGCUGGUGGAUGAUCAUCAGGGUUGGACCCUGGAACUCUCAAAAUCCGACACACAGGUGUACACUCGUCCGGUUGCUGGAUGCAACUUUAACAUGGUGAAAAUCCACACCGAGUUUGUCGAUGUCACGGCGGAUACUCUGUUUGACGUGCUGCAUGAUCCAGACUAUCGGAAGGUCUGGGACUCACAUAUGUUGGCAAGCGAGGAAAUUGGCAUACUAAACGUCAACAAUGACGUGGGAUACUACGCCAUGUCCUGUCCUCCCCCCUUGAAACCACGAGAUUUCGUGCUCCAGCGAUCUUGGCUCGAUACAGGACCCCAAGGCGAACAGAUGCUACUGUCUCGGUCGGUACCGCAUAAAAACUUCCCUCCCAAAAAGGGAUAUGUAAGGGCUAUGUCAUACAUCACGGGGUUUGUACUUAAAACCAACGAAAACUCAAAGACUGGAUGUACACUAAAGUAUGUAGCACACUGUGAUCCCCAGGGGACACUACCCCCGUGGUUGGUUAAUAAGGUAACGCACACACUGGGACCGCGAAUGGUGAAAGAUUUGAAAAAGGCUGCCAUGGGUUACGUGAGCUGGAAGCAGUCGCAGCCCCAUUUGCGGAAACCAUGGCGCUUCCCGGAGGAGAUUAGCUGCCCUAGAAUAUCGAUAGACGAUUGUUUGGAAAAACCAGCGCUUCCAGUGGUCUGUACACUUCCUCAAAACUCGAACAUACAACAAGCGGUUAACGGUAGAAUCUCAACAGCGAAGGAGGUAACAUCAAACGUGGUGACACCUACCACACCAACAGCCAAGCCUACUAGCAGUGGUCCAAGUAUCAACAAGAAAGAGGAUAAAAAAGAGAAAAAAGCACAAGCGAAGAAGGAGAAAGCGGAAGCAAAACUGAAUCUUAACAAUGCAAAUGGUUGUAGUAGUAACAGUAUAAGCAGUAUUAGUGUUGAUAGUUGUAAAACAGAAAACAAAAAGGCUAACAAAGGAAGCAAAGAUGAUAACAAUGUUAAAGACAAGAAAAAAGACGGAGGUCUGAAGAAGCGGAGAUCAUUACUGAGUUUAAAAUUUUAGGUAGUUAUCAAAUUUAUGGAAGUAUUUGAUGCAACAAACGGAACACCUACGCACAUCGUGGUUGAAGCUCUAGAUAAUUUCAUUCCAAUUGGACUGUGAGAAAAUAUUUAAAAAAUAAAAUAAAUCAAUUGAGAAACCCAAACAUCCAUAUCAAGAAUUCUUACGUAUUACACAAAGGCACUUUUGCAUAACACGUAAAAUGAUUUAAAUGUGUUCUUCUUUCGUGUUAAGCAUUAGUCUUGAAACAGAUCAACACAAUACAAUUUUCAAAACUUAUUAAUUUUCUAAUAAUAACAAAUGAUAUAAAGAAAACCAAUGUAAAUUUGACCUGAACAUAAAAAUGUUAUCCGGAUUAUUCGUUGAAGUUUGAAAAUAGCAUAUAAAGUUUCGAAGUCGUUAUUUGAAGCGUUUAAAUGACAUUCAUAUUAGACAAUAUACUGUUGUCAGUUCUUUUUCAGUGUUCCUCGUAGUGACAAUGCAAUGAUAUUGUUUGCGCCAAUCUAGUUUCGUUGCUUCAAACAAUUCUGAAAAACCUUUCUCAAACCAUUUCUUUACAUUUUUCAAAUUGGUAGUCGUAAUUCCUGAGGCCUUUUCCUAGCUAUUUCCAAUCGAAUACCAAAUAAACUAAAACAAUCUAUAACAACUAGGUUAUUUAUAAAUUUUGCAAGUAAGGCAAACAAUUAGAGCACAAUAAUGAUGUCACAAUUAUUUUUGCCUAAGUUGGUCAGUACCAGUAGCAGAAGAGGGAAAUACAUUAAAGUGGAACAGCUUGGUUUUAGUUACUACAACAAUAUAUUGUGUGUGGAAAUAGGGUGUACCAGGACCAAAAAUAAUAUUGGCGGCAGCCUAGAUGAUGCUGCGUAUUUCUCCACCAGCUAAACAUAUGCAAACUGAUUUUAUACAUCGGUCUGUAGGAUGUGUGCGACUUAUACGUGUUGUGAAUUUUCCUUAUAAAACUUAAUUGAGUGGCAGCAUUAGUUACGUAGGAUUCGAAUUUUCUUUCAAAGUGCAGUAGUUUCGACAAUGGAACGUAUACAUUCCUGAAAAGACUUUUCUAGUUUAAAUAUCCGCGUUGUUGCAACAUCGAAGCAAAUCAAUAUAAAAUAUUAAAAAAAAAAAUGUUAGCAAAUACUGUUUUAAUUACAGAAUUUUCAGAUUAUAUAGUUUCUUAUUUUAAGAAACUAUGUGUUAGCAGUUGUAGCAUGUAUAAUAGCAGUUCUAAACAAUUCCAUUUUGUUGAAAUUAUAUUAGUCGUUGAAUAAAGUCUGUUUUUUAUAAAUAUUUUAAA